AUCAAUAUAAUAUGCAAAUGAUGUUUUUAUAUUUGUUUGUCUUGGCAGAAUGUCAACGUAUAGUCACGAAAGUAAAAAAUGUUGAAAUAUUAGUUUCGUAAUUUUAAUUGAGAUGGCGAUAGGAUGUACUUAUCGGCAUUAAAUAUUAAGUAUCAAGUGAGCUAAACGGCACUUUUGACACGUUUAAUAGCGUAGGGAGCGUCUAAUAAAUCGGGUGCUUAACAACGUUUUGCGACUUACGCAAUGUUUUCUAAUUUCGCACUUCGUUUGUACACUACUAGAACAUGUAAGGUGACCGACGAUGAAUGGCAUUUUAUAAGAUCUUGUGAUGCACCGUAGGCAAAUGCUCUGGCGCAAGCACCACCCCAUGACUAAAGCCAAUGGGUUAAGUCACGGCCUUGCAUGUCCGUGAUUAAAGUGCCAUUUUUCGUUCUCUUGUGCUCGUGACACUUUAAAGGUAGAAGAAAAAACAAAUUAACACAUGGUUUCUUUGUGCCUGUGAGCAUAUGCGGAGUUAAAAAGAGCUCAUGUGAACCCACGCUGCAAAGUAAAGAUUGUGUGCACAGUACUUAAAUAUUCUCUGCAAUGUGAGUCAUGAUCCAUAAAUUUCUAUUAAACGUUUGCAAAAAUUGAUUAAAACGUAAAAUACAUGUGAUGUUUGUGCUAUCUACAAAAUAAUGUCCGGUGGGCUGUAAUAGUGAUACAUCGUGAUGUCCGGAAGGGCGUGAUAACAAUAGCUAUAAAUUGAGUGGAAAAUAUUGCAUUCGUUUAAAUUCUUUGAUUUAUUUCAUUAAAUUAGACCUACAUAUUAAAUUUAAUUUAUUUAUAUUGCAUUAUAAUGUGGUUGUACUUUGUAAUAUUAUUGAAGGUGGUUAUACCAAUAAAAACAGACUGUACAAACGUGUUCAAUUCGACAUAUUAUGGAUUACGUUACGAUGACUACGAAGUAUAUCGCCGAAACCGAUAUGGAUAUUUAAUAACAACAUGUUAUAUUACUGAAAAUAAUGAUGCACCCGGAAACAUUGGUAUUCCUGAAUAUAAAGACUAUUCAAAGUUCGAAGCAAAUACAAUAACAAUAAAUAUCAACAACACUAUAGAAUCACUGGAUUUAUCCAACAAUAAUAUUUCGAAUAUUGAUGAAACUUUUGGAGCAAUGAACGAACUAAAAACAAUAAUAUUAUCAAAAAACAACAUUCGAAAUAUAUCGCAUGCAUUUAUGGAUUUGGAACAAUUAGAAAUACUGGAUCUUUCUUACAAUAAAUUGACCACAAUUGAAUUUGCAACAUUUAUUGGACUGCAAAAUUUAAAGUUUUUAAAUAUAUCACAUAAUAAUAUUGUGGUAAACGAUGGUUUUCUAGAAGGUAUGCCAAAUUUACAACAACUUGAUAUAAGUUUUAACAAUAUGAACGAAUUAAAUGUGAACAUAUUUAAACCCAACAGUUUAAAAAAGAUUUACAUUCAUGGAAAUAAAUUUAGUUGCAAUAAAUUGAUGCAUUAUGUAAAAUAUUUUAUGAAAAUGCAUAUUCUUGUGGGAAAGGGAUCUCAACGCAAAGGAUUACACCGAUAUGGAAUUAAAUGCGAAUAUGAUCCGACCGUAUAUCAAGAGGAUAUAUUUGAUAUUACAACUGAAAAUAUACAAGAAGUUACAGUUCUAAAAAAUAAAAAUAAUGAUAAUAUAGUCGUAACUAUAGAUGAAAAUUUUUUGAACAGUAUAAAAACUAUCACGAUUGUGCUAAUUAUCAUGAUAUUUAUGCAAACAUUUGUGUUUAUGUAUUAUAACUGGAAUUACUUGAUUAGAUGCAUCAAGAAUACACUAAAGAAGUAUCAGCGAAAUAAUUUGAUUGAUCAAGUUGAAUUAUCAACGACAUAAAUGUUUAUUCACUUAGUGUUUGUUAUCAGCAGGUAUUUUAAAUUGAACAAUCACAAUCACAUAUGUAACGACAAGAUUGGAAAACGUAAAGAUCAUUUUAUGCCCGAUUGUGAAAAAAUCCCAGGCGGUGAAUUGAGGACAGCGUUGUGCAGCCUGCUGCGCCAACACAAACAUUUUUUCUUUCAACACAAUAUUAGUAUGAUUUUCAUAACGAUGUAAUAUAUUAUAUGCCAGGCUAAUGGUGCGUUUUCCUUCACGUGUAAAAAGUUCGCACACAUGUGCGAUAAUAAUCCCUUGACACUACAAACAAAAAAUAUAAUGCAUAUUUCUGUAAAAAAUUCUGUAAAAGUAAAAAAUAAAUAAGAAUUGACAUACACAAACGUUGGUAGUCCAUAAAAUUAUCAUAUAACUUUUAUGGUCAUCUUCUUUUGCGCCCAGAAGAUAUUCGAUAAAUGC